UCUCCCCGGGGCUUCUUUUCUCAGCAAAACGUUCCGCUUCCCGGAGCAGAGCUACGCCGUCCGCGCUCGGCGACGAUGGGCUUUUGGGCGAUGGCUCCGGAGGGCGCGCGGUUCUUCUCCUGGGCGCUCGCUCUGCUCGCCGCGCUCGCCACGCUGCUGGCCGUCAUGGUCGCCCGCUUGCUGCUCGACCAUUACUGGAAAUACAAGGAGCUGAAGCCCAUCCCGGGGUUCAGACCCUGGUACCCGCUGCUGGGCAACGCGCUACUCUUUGAACGCGAAGGAGAAGGUAAAGGCCGGCGGAGAGCUUUCUUUAAACAGUUGAUAGAUUACACUGCAGUGUUAUGGAAUAUCCCACUACUACAGCUCUGGAUAGGACCACUGCCCUUUCUGAUCUUAUAUCAUCCAGAAACCGUAGAGGUUGUUUUGAGUAGCUCUAAGCACAUUACAAAAUCCGAUCCUUACAGGUUUCUGCAUCCUUGGCUGGGCACAGGGCUUCUAACGAGCACGGGGGGCAAAUGGCGGUCCCGAAGGAAAAUGUUAACACCCACCUUCCAUUUCACCAUUUUAGAAGAUUUCCUUGAAGUGAUGAAUGAACAAGCCAAUAUCCUUGUUCAGAAACUUGAAAAGCAUGUGGACAGGGAGCCAUUUGAUUGCUUUUUCUACAUCACAUUGUGUGCCCUUGAUGUAAUCUGUGAAACGGCUAUGGGCAAGAACAUAGGAGCACAACACAAUAAGGAUUCUGAGUAUGUCCGAGCUGUCUACAGGAUGAGUGAUCUGAUUCACCACAGACAGAAGUCUCCCUGGCUCUGGCCUAACCUUCUGUACCUCAUGUUCCAAGAAGGGAGAGAACAUCACAGGAGUCUAAAGAUACUUCACACCUUUACUGAUAAUGUUAUUGCAGAAAAAGUUCGUGAAUUAAAAAACCAGGAGCAGCAUAAAAGCAAUGCUGUCAGCAACAGUGAUCAAAGCAAGCGCAAAGUCAGAAGAGCUUUUCUCAAUAUGCUUCUGAAUGCCACCGAUGACGAUGGGAAGAAGUUGAGCUACCUGGACAUCCGAGAGGAAGUGGAUACAUUCAUGUUUGAGGGUCAUGAUACUACCGCUGCUGCCAUGAAUUGGUGCAUUUACUUGCUUGGGUGUGAUCCAGAAGUCCAAAGAAAAGUUCACCGGGAACUGGAUGACGUUUUUGGGGACUCUGAUCGUUAUGUUACCAUGGACGAUUUGAAGCAACUACGGUAUCUGGAUUGUGUUAUUAAAGAAGCUCUUCGCCUCUUUCCUUCCGUUCCAUUUUUUGCCCGUACACUGAGUGAGGAAUGUUAUAUAAGAGGGUUUAAGGUACCAAAAGGGGUUGAUGUCAUAAUUGUGCCCUAUGCACUGCAUAGAGACCCUGAUGUCUUCCCGGAGCCUGACGAAUUCAGACCUGAGCGAUUUUUUCCUGAGUACACAGCUGGGAGGCACCCAUAUGCAUAUGUACCUUUCUCUGCUGGGCUCAGGAAUUGUAUUGGCCAGCGCUUUGCACAGAUGGAAGAAAAGGCUAUUUUAGCCACCAUUCUACGGCGCUUUUGUGUUGAAAGUACGCAGCAACGCGAUCAACUUGGCCCUGUAGGAGAACUGAUUCUUCGUCCAAAUAAGGGCAUCUGGAUUCAGUUGAAAAACAGAUCGUCUUCUGGCUCUUAAAAUAAGAAACAUUGCAUUUGGACUACUUCAGAAGAAACACUUGAUUUUCAGAGCAGGACAUUUCAGACUGCCCAACCCUACUAGGACUUCUUUUUGUUAACCAAAAUUGUGCUGUUGCCUUCAAAAAGUCAGUAGCUGCAAUCCAGAAGCUGAUGCUUGUUCAAUUGAUGGGAUAUUCCAAAUGGCUUUGGAAUUCUUAGGCUUCAACCUAGGUUGCAAUAGCUGAUUUUUCUUAUCCUAAAGAAAAUGAGCAAUUGGUUUUAUUCUUUAAAACUCCUUUAUUCAUUAUUUAUGCACAUAAAUAAGAAAAUAGAGAUACCGAAGUAUAUAUUUUAAGGAUGCAUGACUAUAAUAAUAAAAAUUGAAAGUAUUGAUGAAAUUACACCUGAACACCAGAGCAAUCUUUUCUUAUUGGCUAUCAUGGACCCAGGUGGGAUUAGGACCACCUAGUACUCAGGCUUCACAGAACCAUUUAACUUAAGAAGCUAAAGAUUUGACAUUAGUGAAAAACUAUCAACUUAUUUAUUUAUUGAACAAUGAUUAUAAGUUAUUCACGUUAAUUUUGUCCAAAAUAUUAAAAAUGAUUUUACAGGUUCUCAAUCAUCAUGAUCAAUGUGGAUUCUGCCUAAAAGACAGUUAAGAGAUAAUGCGUUUGAUAUUUUGGAAUAUCUGAAUUUGUGUUUGAUAUUUUGGAAUAUCUGAAUUUUCAUAAUGAGAGGCAAGCUGUUUUGAUAUUUUUGGAUGCAGAGAAAGCCUUUGAAAUGGGUAUUUUUGUUUUGUUUAGAGUAUUGCAAGAUAUGAACUUUGGAGAUAACUUUAUUAAAUGGGUAAAAUCGAUUUAUGCAUCAUGACAGUCUAGAUAAAUGUUAAUAGGGAACUGAUAAAACCCUUUGAGAUACAGAAGGGGACAAGGCAGGGGUGUCCAUUUUCCUUGCUACUUUUCAUCCUGGUCUUGGAAGUCUUGCUUAGAGACAUUAGACAAGAUGAGAGAAUUAUGGGAGUAAAGAUAAGAAAAGAAACUUAUAAUGAUGACUUCAUGUUAUAAUACUAAUGAUACUAAUAAUACUAAUAAUAUAUUUAUACCCCGCCCAUCUGGCUGGGUUUCCCCAGCCACUCUGGGCGGCUCCCAACAGAAUUAAAAGCACAAUAAAACAUUAAAAACUUCCCUAAACAAGGCUGCCUUCAAAUGUCAUGUUAGUUUUGGAAAAUCUACUACAGGGAAUGAAAAUUCUUAUGGUUAAGCUAAAUGAUUUUGGUAUGUUAGCAGGCUUUUAGGUCACUCACCAGAAAAUGAAAAUAUUGUCAAGGGAACAUGUCAACAGAAGAUCAGAAGGUUUUGAUGAAGAAGAAAGGGUUUCAAAUUGGGGGUGGAGUAAAAUAUUUGGGUAUUACUAUGACAAAUAUGAAAUGUAUGUUGUUUCAAAAUAAUUAUGUUAAGACAUGGACUGAAAUAAAAAAAGACUGGUCAAGAUGGGAGAUGAUAAAUUUGUCAUUGAGUAGAAUCUCAGUGAUAAAGAUGAAUGUUUUGCCUAGAAUGAGGUUUUUAUUUCAAAAAUUUUGACUAAUGAUUUAUCAUUUAAACAAUGGUAAAAAGUUUUUAUUUAUUUUUAUGGUAGAGGAAGAAACCACGGGUUAAAAUUAAAGUACAGUGGUACCUUGGAAGUUGAACGGAAUCCGUUCCGGAAGUCUGUUCGACUUCCAAAACGUUUGGAAACCAAGGCGCAGCUUCUGAUUGGCUGGAGGAAGUUCUGGAGCCAAAACAUUCAAGUCACAAGGCGUUCAUCAACCAAGGUAGGACUGUAUUGCAAUAUACAAAUUAAAGGGGAGGAUUAGGCAUACCUGACUUGAAUUUAAGCUUUACCACUUGUUGCUUAGUGUGGAUAAAGGAUUGGGUGACACUGAAAAACAAGACACACUUGGAACUAGGAGGACAUGAUCUAACGUUUGACUGGCAUCGGUGUUUGUGGUAUGAUAAACUUAAUAUGGAUCUCAAAAACCACUUCAUUAAAUGUGCCGUAUUAAGAAUCUAGAAUAGAUAUGAACCUACGUUAUGUACAAAGACACCUUCAUGGAUUUCACCACAAUAAGCUUCUUAUAGAAAAGAGAUAGGGAAAGGGUUGACUUAUUGAGAGCUAUUAGAGUGGAGUCAAUGAGACUAAAAGUAAAACAAGGGAAUGGUUAACAGUGGUAGGUUAGAGAUUCCAGUGGUUAUCUCAUUCACAACUAGCAGAGAGAUUAAAAUUGGAUGAAAGGGCUAAG